CUGAGCCGCUCCUCCCAAUGGCGAAGAAGACGUACGACCUGCUUUUCAAGCUGCUCCUGAUCGGGGACUCGGGAGUGGGGAAGACCUGCGUCCUUUUUCGUUUUUCGGAUGAUGCCUUCAACACCACCUUUAUUUCCACCAUAGGAAUAGACUUUAAGAUCAAAACAGUUGAAUUACAAGGAAAGAAGAUCAAGCUACAGAUAUGGGACACAGCAGGCCAGGAACGAUUUCACACGAUCACAACCUCCUACUACAGAGGAGCAAUGGGUAUCAUGCUAGUAUAUGACAUCACCAAUGGUAAAAGUUUUGAAAACAUCAGCAAAUGGCUUAGAAACAUAGAUGAGCAUGCCAACGAAGAUGUGGAAAGAAUGUUACUAGGAAACAAGUGUGAUAUGGAUGAUAAAAGAGUUGUUCCUAAAGGAAAAGGAGAACAGAUUGCAAGAGAGCAUGGUAUUAGAUUUUUUGAGACUAGUGCAAAAGCAAAUAUAAACAUUGAAAAGGCGUUUCUCACAUUAGCUGAAGAUAUCCUUCGAAAGACCCCUGUAAAAGAGCCCAACAGUGAGAACGUAGAUAUCAGCAGUGGAGGAGGCGUGACAGGCUGGAAGAGCAAAUGCUGCUGAGCGCUCUCCUGUUCCAUCAGUCGCCAUCCACCACCCUGUGUUCUCUUCUUGCUGCAAAAUAAACCACUCUGUCCAUUUUUAACUCUAAAUAGAUAUUUUUGUUCCUCAUCUUAACUCCAAUCCACCUAUUUUAUUUGUUCUUUCAUCCGUGACUGCUUGCUGACUUUAUAAUUUUCUUCAAACAAAAAAAUGUAUAGAAAAAUCAUGUCUGUGAGUUCAUUUUUAAAUGUACUUGCUCAGCUCACCACUGCAUUUCAGUUGUAUUAUAGUCCAGUUCUUAUCAACAUUAAAAACAAUAGCAAUCAUUUCAACUCUAUUCUGCAAAUUGUAUAAGAAUAAAAGUUAGAAUUAACAAUUUUAUUUUGUACAACAGUGGAAUUUUCUGUCAUGGAUAAUGUGCUUGAGUCCCUAUAAUCUAUAGACAUGUGAUAGCAAAAGAAACAAAAGCCAGGAAAACACUCAUUUUUUGCCUUGAAUAUGUAAAUGGGGUUAAUUUUGUCCUGUGCCUUAUGUGGAAAGGAAGUUCUUUGGUUUUUCCUCUUUCUGUUUUGGUGGAAGCAUGUGCAGGAGACAUAUCAUCGAAACAUAAAGCAUUAAAAUGUUUGUGGUUUGCUUGGCUGUAAUUUUCAAAGUAGUUAAUUGAGGACAAAGGGUAAUGCAGAAAUGAUAGCUUUGGUUUGCUGAGUCUCAUUUUCAGUGGCCUUGAUAUUUAAAACUAUUCCUGCCACCAGUUCUUUUCCUUGGCCACGUCUUCCUUGUGUCUCUUCCUGCAUGCUGCUUUAUUUGCUUCUCCCCCACCACUCUGUGGUAUGGGUUAUUUAAAAAUGAAAGAGUCAAACUAGUAGGUUUGUCAAGUUUAACAUAAAGCACUGAUUUAACUUGCUAAGUAAACUGAAAGAUAAAUUCUAACUGCCUCCUCUCAAAUGUCAGUUAACUAUGUCCCCUCCUCAUUUUCUCUCUCCCCUAAUGCUUCUGUCCCAGAUUCCUUCAUAUGCUGUUCGACUUCAUGUUCCUCUUCUCCUUCCCUUUUUUGUUUCCUUUCUGUCUCUCCAUUGAGUUUAUGAAAUGGAAGAGUUAAUUGCAUGCACUAGUGUUUGGAGGGUGUUGUGGUUUGUCUUUCUAAUUAGGUGUAUCGCCUAUUCACUUUCCUAGAAUAAAUCUCUUAACCUAAAUUUGAGUAGUCUCCAUUUUGGCAACUCCUCUAGCAGUUUGGUAGCCCGGUAAAGGUUGUUUAAAUAAGGUGGGAAGGAGGAGUGAAAUUCAUUAACAUGUUUGCCAAAUAUCUUGAGAUUUGGCCUUUGAAGAACACUUUUUCAGUGUUAAGUUGUCUUUACCUUAAGAUUUAGAAGUACUUUAGAUUAUUAUUAAUUUUAAGUCCUAUCUUCACAUCCCUUUGAAAAACGUGUAUUACCAUGGAUUUGGGAAAAGGACAACAAAGGCUUUUCAUGUAAAGAUAAGAUACUCUAGCUCUCUCUCAUCCUGUCCUUUUUUCACUUCAUUUCUCUAGUUUUGCUUCAUUGCUUAUCAUUAGGAUAGGGUAAGUUACGUUUGCUCUGCUGCUAGCAUCCUAAGAUGAUACCUUUGUUGAAAUAAUUGUGAAUAGCAUGAUUCAUUUCUAGCAGAGGCUGAGUUUAGGACAGCAGCUUCCAUUGAAAAGUCUUUCUGUAUCGUGGGUAGCAUUUUAAUGCCCUCUGGCUCACAGAAACAACAUAGGGACAUAUCUGCUCUGAACAACCAUGAAUUUUUCAGAUAGUGCCCUAAAAACAAUUUUAUAUGCCUCACUGGUUAUUGUUGUUGUUAGGUUUCCCCCUCACUUGACUUUAUCAUUGUUUACUACUAGUAAAAGCAGCAUUGCCAAAUAAUCCUUAAUUUUCCACUAAAAAUAACAAAUGAUGUUAAGCUUCUCAGCAAAACGUUUUAGGUUAAAUCUGCUGUUGGUUAGAUCAGUUUUAAUGUGUUGCUUUCCUGUAUCUGGAAUGUGGCAGUAGCUUUUUUAUUUUUAACCCUCCUUAAUCCUUAUUCAAUUCAGUGACUUAAGGUUUGAGAGCUAAACACUGGGAUUUUUGGGUAACAGACUGACAGUUUUGUUGUUUGCGUAAUUAUAAUCGGCAUUGUACAUAGAAAGGAUAUGGCUACCUUUUGUUAAAUCUGCACUUUCUAAAUAUCAAAAAAAGGGAAAUGGAGUAAAAAUCAAUUUUUGUAUAACCUGUUUGAAACAUGAAUUUUAUUUGCUUAAUAUUAGGGCUUUGCCCCUUUUUCUGUAAGUCUCUUGGGAUCCUGUGUAGAAGCUGUUCUCAUUAAACACCAAACAGUUAAGUCCAUUCUCUGGUACUAGCUACAAAUUCGGUUUCAUAUUCUACUUAACAAUUUAAAUAAACUGAAAUAUUUCUA